AUGGAGAAUCCCUGGCGUAUGGAUCUCACCGAGAUCCAUAAGCUGUUCCGUCUACUCUCACGCGUAUUUCUGAAGCAACGAAAUCCAUACGGCGCUAUCACCAAUACUGAGCAUGUUUCUAACGAGCUAAAUGCGGUAGAUGUGACUACCGGCGAUGGGCAAACAGCUAUUCAACGACGAAAUGAAAAGGUGAAGAGAUUCUGCCUUCUCAUCACGAUUUCGGACUCUCCUGCACAGUGGUUCAGUAAAAAUGAUCCUUUGGUACAGAACACAAUGGUUCAGAGAAUUGAAUAUGGAGUCUGGCCGGAUCUCAAAUCCUCAGUGAUCACACUGCGGCAAUUGCCGUCACGCUUUUUGGAUGUAUUGUUCUUCGCUGAGAAGGGCCGUCGAGAUCGUUUGCUGUCGCUAUCUGGUUCUGCGAACGAUAAUAAUCUCUUCGAGUUUACGGAAGCCGACGUGUAUGGGAUGAUAGCGGGCGCAAACAGUCGAGAACGUAUUUUGUCAAUACUUGGUCUCGACAAAAAUUACCAUCAUCUCAACUUUAUGGAGCCCGAAAGCCAUGGGAUCAUCGCAGAUAUGUGCCGUCCACGUUUGAACGCCAGACUUCCAUCAUGGCUGUUUGGCCAGCCUACUUGGACAAGAAUCAAAACUCAUGAUCCAGGAUAA